AUAUAUUUAUAAAAUGAUAUAACUGUCUCUAAAGGAGCGUUGUAAUUGGUAAUAAUACGGUCGGGUAUUUUUUAUUUUAUCUGCUAACGGUAUCCAUCUUUCCCCACAGUACAAAAAUCGGAAAAUAAAACAAAAAUACCAAUAUUCAACGAAAAUCAUCUGUCGUACCGCAAAAGCUUCCAGUUUUAAUUAGUUUGCCCCCAAUAACCAAACAGUUUAUCAGCCGUCUAAAGUGAUACACCGCCACCCUAAAUAAUGCAAGUGAACCGCCUGCCAAACUAAAGCAUGUGAAUUAUUUAUUUUUAAAAGCUCGGAAGUAAUUUAGAUCGUCUGUGGCCGGAUGUAUGUAUAAUGAGAUUAACAUAGUUAACAUUGUACAAAAGUAUUUUUGGACGUAUAGUACGGUGGGGGAAGACACCUUAGCACAUAUUAUUUAAAUAUUCCGAUCGUGUUUUAAUCAAUUAACAACUGUCUAGGGAGCUCGUGAGAAUACAGUUUUCUAAUUCUGUAAAUAUUCUUUGUUUACUACCAAAUGGGACGAGAAAAUAGAACGAAAACAUGAACCACUUUACUCCAACCUACUGUACAUAUUCUACGGGUUUAUUUUUUGUAAAUUGCCGCUGAAAACGCUUAAAACUCAACAGUGACUAUAUUUACAUACUAGCCUCGCAUUUUAAUAACUGGCACGCAGUAUAAUAAGGAUAUUGUACUACGCAAAACACGUGACUAUUUGUGAAUCUCGCUGGCUAGAUAUAACAUAAUCGCGAACGGAUACACAACCACAAUGUAUUUUCGUUGUUGCAUUUAACCUUUGGUUCUUAGUUUUAAAAACUGUUAAAUUUAAAAACAGUAAAAUAAGAGUUUUUGACAUUCGAUUUCCAAAAGUAAUCGUUUAAGAAGUCCCGUUUUUUUAUUAAAAGUGCCUACCGUUUGCUACGUACUUAUUUACAUUUUGAACCUUUAAUUUGCGCAAUGUCAUUAAUUUACCGUCCAGUUCGCAUUUCUUUCAUUUGUGUGUUUUUAUCGUGUUUCGUGUUUUAUGUGCAAUGCCGGAUUUGGUGAUUCCCCUUUUACGUCAUCAAAUUUGGACCAAAACGCAGAAAUUUCACAAAAUAACAUCACCUACCAUUUAGGUUUUGUAACUUUUGUGAAAUUUUUGUUCUUAAACAGAACAGAAAAGCGGCUCAAUUUCGCGGCUUAGAUUUCGUAUAUGUGGGUACACCAGGUUUUGCAUUUCGCAAUGUGUUUAUAAUCAGUUAAACUGCAAGCACGCUAUCAGCUUGCUGAAUCAAGCAAUAAUUGGUACUGCGCGCCGGACACAUUUGCUUUUUUCGUAUUCUCGCUCUGUAUAAAACUCCCAGACAAGGCGGUCUCUUAUAUAAAGCAGUUCGUUAACGUUAAACUGAACAACCAACUGGAAAAGAACGUGAUAAUUUAGCAGUUUCAAGGCUUGCUGAAGGUAAUAUGUUUCAAAAGCAGAAGAGUUUAAACCUACUGUCUCUCCUUUUGAGUUUGAUUUUUAUAACAGGCUGUCAAUCAUAUGUCGCACAAAGAGGGGAGCUAACUGACCCAUCUUCGUUCCGUCUUUCUGAUAUGUAUCAAAUUUUCGGGUCUAAAAACGACGGGCAAGCAGCUGGGGACUCCAAUAAUAACUUGUUCGAGUUAAUGCUGUUUAAAUGGUUGUGUUCCACAGACGCGCAGCGAAACGGGAGAUUUUCAUUUUGCAAAGGAGACAGAACUACAGAACCAUUACGAAUUCUUCCGGACGAAGUGAACGACCAGUCCGAGUUCCGGCGGCGAGGGUGGCGUGAAAAUAUGUUGCAUAAGUUAAUGGAUUAAAACGAACAAUUUAAGUAGAGUACUGUGGGGGAAGAUGGGACAGCUUUAGCACAUAAUAUCCAAAUAUCCUGAUCAUGUUUUAAACAAUUAACAAUGGCCUAUGUGAGUCGUGAGGCUACGUUUUUGUAAUUCUUUGAAUGUUCUGUGUUUACUACCAAAUGGGACGAGAAAUUAGAACAAAAAGGUGUCCUAUCUUCCCCCACCCUACUAUAAUUUUACUGUUGUGUUGAGAUGAAAUUUGCAAUAUGUGUCAACUGUUGUCAAACGUACGCGAAAAUAAACACA